AAAAUGGCGAAGAGUAUGCGAAGCAAGGUGAAACGCAAGAACCGUGCAGUGAAGCGAGAGAAGUAUGCCCAGCGUGAACUAGAACGCCUGAAGAAAACCACAGCCCGAAUACAGCUUCCGUCUCACCUCACUCCUGACCAGGAGAUCAAGAAAGAGAUGUUGGAUCCAGCAGACGUGUUCCCAGGACUUCCGUCGGUCGAUGAUGACAGUAUAAUGGAAGUGGAAUGCGUACGACCCAGGAAUAAGGCCAAAUUCAAGCUGAAUCCUAAAUCUUUGAAGAACGAGCACGGCAACUAUCCCGGUUGGAUGAGCCAGCGCCGUAUUCAGCAGUUGAGGAAUUGUGGCAAGCGGAAAGGGAAGAGCAAAGGUUUUGGCAGGAAGAAGAUUGUGAAACGCUUAAGUAAAUGAAUGUGAUGUGCAGAUAACUUCGCAGUAAUAUGUUGUUUGUAACGGUUUGAGUGCUUUGGAAGUUUCCAUGGGUUGUUUCGGUUUCCUUUGUAUGAGUUAGAAUUUGGAAUAUCAGAGAAUUUAGUAAAAGCAGUAUGUUGUUAGCACAGUUUCAUCGUUGUUGAUUUUCGUAAUUAUCAUUCUUCAUUUUUUUCCCCUACAGUCUACAUCUGUCUUCGCUUUGGAAUUCCUGCUUCCCAUAAACUACUCCUUAGUGAGCAGUGCUUCUGGAACACUGUUCCACAUUGUUAAUAUUGUAACUUUAUAGCUUAUAGCCUGAUUUAGUCUGAUAUAAAUACUGAUGUAGUUUAUGUAUCUGUACU